AUGGGCCGCGCUCUGAGCCCACGCUAGCCGGCGAGGUGUGAAGCCCUGGCCAGGAUGACCAACUCCUCUUCCGCGUCCACGUCCUCCACCGCCGGGGGGUCGCUGCUGCUGCUCUGCGAGGAAGAGGAGUCGUGGGCGGGCCGGCGGAUUCCCGUGUCCCUGCUGUACUCGGGGCUGGCCAUCGGGGGCACGCUGGCCAACGGCAUGGUCAUCUAUCUCGUGUCGUCCUUCCGCAAGCUGCAGACCACCAGCAACGCCUUCAUUGUCAACGGCUGCGCCGCCGAUCUCAGCGUCUGCGCUCUCUGGAUGCCACAGGAGGCGGUGUUGGGGCUGCUUCCCCCCGGCUCCGCGGGGCCCCCCGGGGGCUGGGACGGCGCGGGGAGCAGCUACCGCCUGCUGCGGGGCGCGCUGCUGGGCCUCGGUCUCACCGUGUCCCUGCUGUCCCACUGCCUCGUGGCCCUGAACCGCUACCUGCUCAUCACCCGGGCGCCCGCCACCUACCAGGCGCUGUACCAGCGACGCCACACGGCGGGCAUGCUGGCGCUGUCCUGGGCACUGGCGCUGGGCCUGGUGCUGCUGCUGCCGCCCUGGGCGCCGCGCCCCGGCCCCGCGGCCCCGCGCAUCCACUACCCCGCGCUGCUGGCGGCCGCGGCGCUGCUGGCGCAGACGGCGCUGCUGCUGCACUGCUACCUGGGCAUCGUGCGCCGCGUGCGCGUCAGCGUCAAGCGGGUCAGCGUCCUCAACUUCCACCUGCUGCACCAGCUGCCCGGCUGCGCCGCCGCCGCCGCCGCCUUCCCCGCCGCCCCGCGCGCGCCCGGCCCCGGGGCCCCCGCGCUGCCCGCUCCCGCGCCGCCCCUGCCGCCCGCGCUGCAGCCCCGCCGGGCGCAGCGGCGUCUCAGCGGCCUGUCGGUGCUGCUGCUGUGCUGCGUCUUCCUGCUGGCCACGCAGCCGCUCGUGUGGGUCAGCCUGGCCAGCGCCUUCGCGCUGCCGGUGCCCUGGGGCGUGCAGGCGGCCAGCUGGCUCCUGUGCUGCGCGCUGUCCGCGCUCAACCCGCUGCUCUACACCUGGAGGAACGAGGAGUUCCGCCGCUCCGUGCGCUCCGUCCUGCCCGGCGUCGGCGACGCGGCGGCCGCUGCCGCCGCCGCCACCGCCGUGCCCGCGGUGUCCCAGGCGCAGCUGGGCACCCGCGCCGCCGGCCAGCACUGGUGACCCGGCCGGCCGAGGAAGGCGGAGAGGCCGGCUCCCGGCGUCCUGGGUGCCCGUCGCCU